AUGGACCUAUUCCUAUCUUACUUCUGCACUGGAAGUGAACUUCCAGUCCGCCUUUCAUUCUUUUGGACCUCUUACACUCUGGCCAAUAUUUCUGGCGCCCUGAUUGGUUACGGGAUCCUACGAAUGAGUGGAAUCCAUGGAUGGGAAGGCUGCCGGUACUUGUUCCUGAUCGAAGGUGCCAUGACGGCCGCAAUUGGCAUCUUCUCGUUCUUUUGGCUACCUCCUAGCCCUACUCAAACAAAAGGAAUCCCGCGAGGAAAGAACGGAUGGUUUACAGAAAAAGAAGAAAUUAUCAUGGUUAAUCGUAUAUUGAGGGACGAUCCUUCCAAAGGAGAUAUGCACAACCGCCAGGCACCGAGACUAUCCGACUUUUGGGCUUCCAUAAAAGAUUAUGACAACUGGGGCUUACACUUCAUUGGUAUAGGCGUAUAUAUUCCUGGAUAUCCUCCAUCUAAUUAUCUCACGUUGACACUGCGUAAUAUCGGUUUCAGCACACUCAAUACUAAUCUGCUCACUAUUCCGGCCAACGUAUUAUUCAUCAUCAUCAACAACCUGCCGCUCGCUCAGCUCAGUCGCAUAACCAACGAACACUCACUGGUAGGAAGUAUCGGAUCGAUCUGGCAGCUACCCUUCUUAUUGCACUAG